ACAAAAGCUCUUUUAAACCCCUAACUUUUCAUCAAUUUGACAAGCGAAGGAGCUGAGGAAAAAUUGGCAUUGAGUUCGACCACUGAUGGCGAAUGCCCCGCCGUCCACCCUUCUAGAUGAGGCCCUCGACGGCAAAGGCGCCGCCGUUUUCUCCACUUCCCCGGCCGCCGGCGGAAGGAUGAUCCUGGUGGAGGACUGCGUGGAGACUAGCGGAGCGUUCGUGGUUCACCACUUACUGAAGCGCUGUCUCUCCCCUCACUCCUCCGACGUCGUCGUUUUCCUUUCCUUCGCUAACCCUUUCUCCCACUACGAUCGCAUCCUCCGUAAAAUGGGUUGCAACUUAAGUGUCCAACGAGAUAAUAAGAGAUUGAUGUUCUUGGACAUGCUCAUGUUGGAGCGCCUUGGUAGAGAUCGAGGAAAAACAAGCGAGGAUGUAUUUAUUGCAUUGUUUGGAGAGAUUCAGAAAGCAGUAGAACUUUCUCUAUCGCAUGCAGGCAGACAGCAUAUUACUGUAAUAAUUGACGAUGUCUCUCUUAUGGAAGUUGAUGCUAAUGGCUCGUCGAACCUUGUCCUGGAUUUUCUGCAUUACUGUUCCAGUUUAACAGCACAAUUCCAGGGUUGUUCACUUAUCACCCUUAACCAUGAUGAUGUGUAUUCAAAUGAGGAUCGACCUGGUCUGCUUUUAAAGUUGGAAUACCUUGCAGAUGUAGUGAUAAAGGUUGAGCCCUUUUCUACUGGUCUAGCAACUGAUGUCCAUGGACAGUUGACCGUUUCAAACAAAGGAAUUCACGAUGGGUCUGGCAAGUCAAGAAACAAGGUUCAUAAUUUCCACUUCAGGAUUAAGGAUAGCAGCGUCGAGUAUUUCUAUCCUGGAAGCAAGACAUGAAAUGGUUAAGAAAACAACUUCAUGAAUCAGAGGGAAAUGCCACAGUCAUGGGGUGCAUUGAGAUCGCAGAAUGACGUUUGUCGCUGGGCACAAUGAACAUGUUUCAUCAGACAUGAUCCAGAAGAGGUUUGUUGAUGAUUGUUCCAGUGUUAAGACCACCACAGUAUCUGGAAAUGUCAUCAGUCCUUCCUGUUUCUCAUUUUCCCAAAAAUUUCCUAUCUAUUAAACACAGGCACUUUUGGUGUAUGUGCGAUAGGAUUCAGUUGUUGCUAUCUCAACACUGUGUGUUUAUUAGGAUGUUGGCUUCAUUAGGAUUCUCCUGUUUUCAAGUAAAAACAGCAGCUUCAGUUUUUAGCUUUUUAGGACGUAUACUGAUGUCAUAACAUCGUACCUCUGAUGUGAUGAUUAAUAUUUUGUUUCGGAAGCACCUACCUUGUCGCGUUAAACGAAUUAAUAUACUUUACUAAUUCCAUA